UGGCGUCCCAUUUCGAAUUAAAAAACAAGCGUGAACAUACAUAGUCAUGUUUGCUUAUAAAUGAGUUUGAGGAAACAUAGGUGCAGAUUGAAUAAAGAUGAGGGUGUUGAAGGUGGCGACGUGCAGCUUAAACCAAUGGGCAAUGGAUUUCGACAACAACAUGAGCAACAUUAAGGAGUCCCUGCGCCGAGCCAAAGCCGCCGGCGCUGCCAUCCGCCUGGGCCCCGAGCUUGAGAUCACCGGCUACGGCUGCGAGGACCAUUUCAUGGAGCCAGACACCAUCACCCACGCGUGGGAGUGCUUGAAGGAGCUGGUGACGGGCGAUUGGACGGAAGGGAUGCUGUGCAGUUUCGGGAUGCCGGUGAGCAGAGGGCCGGAGCUCUACAACUGCCAGGUGCUCUGCCUCAACAGGAAGAUUCUCAUGGUGCGCCCCAAGAUGUGGCUGGCUAACGGCGGCGGCAGCAGCGAGCUCCGUUGGUUCACGGCCUGGAAGCAGGCGGAACCCCGCCUCGAUGACCUCCUGCUGCCGCCUGAUGUAGCUCAAGCCAUCUCUCAGCCCACCGCACCUUUUGGAUAUGGAUUCAUUCAGUUUCUUGACACAGCUGUAGCUGCUGAAAUCUGCAUGGAAUUAUUUUGUCCUGUGCAAGUUCACCCUGAAUUGGCUUUGAAUGGAGUAGAAGUUUUCAUGAAUGCAAGUGGAAGCAUUCAUCUAGUGCAAAAGAUGGAGCGUCGUCUUCGCACUAUAACCACGGCCAUGUCUGCUCGUGGAGGAGUUUACAUGUACAGCAACCACAUAGGAUGCGACGGUGCUCGCCUUUACUAUGAUGGAUGCUCAUGUAUAGUUGCAAAUGGAGAUGUGGUUGCCCAUGGCCAACAGUUUUCACUUAAAGAUGUGGAUAUUGUUAUUGCUCAAGUAGAUCUAGACAAGGUGGUGAAUUUGAGACUCACCCCCAGUAGCUACAAGGAACAAGCCAGUUGCAAAAACAAAGUUCCAUCAAUAUUUGUACCUUACAAGCUUUGCCACUCUUUCAAGCUCCAAAACUCAAUUUCAACUCCAAUAAUGGUCGAGUAUCCAAGUCGUGAAGAGGAAAUAGCAAUGGGAGCAGCUUGCUGGCUGUGGAAUUAUCUGAGGAGAAGUGGUGCUUCAGGUUUUCUGCUUCCACUCUCUGGUGAAGUUGAAACUUGCUCUGUUGCUGCUAUUGUUGCUUGCAUGUGCCAACUUGUUGUCAAAGAAAUUGAAAAUGGAGAUGAACAAGUGAAAGCUGAUGCAGUGAGAAUUGGCCACUACAGUGAUGGGCAGUUUCCAACGAAUGCCAAAGAAUUUACUAAACGCAUAUUCUACACGGUUUUCAUGGGAACCGAUACUAGUAACGAAGCCUCAAGUUCAAGCAAGCAACACUCGAGGGUGGUUGCUGAGGAAAUCGGGGCAUGGCAUCUCGACGUUGCAAUAGAUGGAGUGGUAUCUGCCCUGCUCUCCUUGUUUCAAACUCUCAUCAUCCCUAAAGAGAGGCAGGAAAAUGGGAGCACAGAUAUUGAUAAUUCAGCAAUAGUGAAAAUUAGGAGUCGAACAAGAAUGGUCGUGGCGUUCACGUUAGCCUCACUAUUGCCAUGGAUCCACCACAAAUCCGGCUUUUAUCUGGUGUUGAGUAGCACCACUGCCGAUCAAGGAUUAUCUGGUAAUCUAACCAAGUAUGGUUGCAGCUCUGGUGACAUAAAUCCAAUUGGAAGCAUCAAUAUGAAAGAUCUUAGAGCAUUCUUGAAAUGGGCUGCAGUCAAUCUCGGUUAUUCAUCCUUAGCACAAACUGAUCAAACUAACACUCUUGAAUCUUUGGAGAGGGGAAUGACAGAGGAAGAACUCUCAACAUAUGGAAGAUUGAGAAAGACUUUUCAUUGUGGACCAGUAUCCAUGUUUGAGAAUCUGUGCGAGAAAUGGGGCGCAAGUAUGAGUCCAACACAAAUAGCUCACAAAGUGAAACAUUUCUUCAAGAGCUAUUCCAUAAAUCGACAUAAGAUGACCAUUCUAACGCCUUCGUAUAUAGUGGAGAGUCAGUCAUGUGAGGACAAUAGAAUUGAUCAACGGCAAAUCCUUUACAAUCCAGAGUGGGCAUAUCAAUUCAGGAAGAUAGAUCAACUUGUACAACACCUUGAUGCUCAAGGAGAAGAAGCUCUUCCAAAUCCACAAAUCAAAAAUUCAUGAUUGUAUAUCUUAUUGUUCUAAUGAAAUUCUAGUUUUACUUUUUCA